UACAAACAUUGACUUGACAUUCAUUGUUUGACGUUUGGUUUGUUAAAUUAAUGGAAAGUAGGAGAUUUUGAAAGACAAAACAAACAAACAAGUAGUAGUUUACCACAAUGAAAGACGUUAUAGAUGUGAUAGCGCUGCAAAAUAAUAGGCGUGAAAGACGUUUACCUGACUAUAGAAGUGCUCCGGGUCACAGUUUAGCCACAAACUUUAUAUUCGAAUGUGGAAUAAAGCUUGGAUUACAGCCGGCAACUGUCGCUACGGCAGCAAUAUUCUAUCACAAAUUCUUCAAAGAAGCCGAUAAGAAUGAUUACGAUUGUUACGUGAUUUGCACAGCUUGUCUGUGUGCUGCUGGAAAAUCGAGAGAUGAGCCCAUCAAGUUAAGGGACGCCGUGAAUGUCGCUCACAAUUCUAUAAACCGCGGCCAAGGGCCCUUGGAAUUAGGAGAAGAAUAUUGGCUCUGGCGUGGUGCUGUGGCACAAGCUGAACUUUUAGUGCUUAGAUUGUUGGGUUUCAAUCUCGAAACUCCAUCUCAUCAUCGAUACUUGUUGCACUACUUGCGAUCGCUCCAAGAAUGGUCCCCAGCUUCGCAGUGGCGGUCAGCGCCGAUAGCUCGCACCGCGAUGGCUUUCCUUCAAGAUUUCCAUCACUCUUCUGCUAUCCUGGACUAUAGAGCCCCACAUGUGGCAGUAGCGUGUUUGACAUUGGCACUACAUGUGUUAGGGGUAUCUGUACCUCUUGCAUCUACUCUAGAUGAUGAUGCAGCUUGGUACUCUGUGUUUACUAAAGACUUGCAGAAAGAGAAGAAUUGGGAAAUAAUGGAAAAAAUAAUGCAAGUAUAUGGCAGGGAGCCAGAGCCAAUAUAGUUUAUUUCACAUGAAAAAAAUAAUUUUUAGUUUAUAAGGUGUGUCAAAUAAAUUGAUUGAUUGAUGAA